CUGCUUCUCUCUCUCACACACUGACUCACUCUGUGCUUCUCUCUCUCUCUCUCUCUCUCUCUCACUCUCUCUCUCUCUCUUUCACUGUCUGCCUGUUUAAUGCUAUUGCAAUGUUACUUGCUCAUUUCCCUACUGCUCCACAAGGGUUGGGGAGGGGGGAAUGCUACAAGAGGAGCUGCUAUAUAAAGACAGGCUGAACAUCAAUCAUCUCACAACCGGCUCUUUUGAUUUUCAGAGGAUCAUCCAGUUUUUUUACCUUCAUCCAGGGCAGACAAAUCAGCAGGCACCAUUUCUUCAACAGGGAGAGAGCGCGCUCAGCCUCUUCCAAGGCUUAGCAUUGGAAGAAAGACCUUGAUCGCAGCAGCGGUUGGAGUCCUCAUGAUCCUCCUGUUAGUUAUCCUUAUACCUGUACUGGUCAAUUCUGUAGGGACAGAAGGGCAUUACGAGAUGCUGGGCACUUGUAGGAUGGUCUGCGACCCCUACAUGGGGAAGAGCAGCUCCACCACCACCAGUGACAGUAUCCGACCAGAGGCUGAGACACUUAGUGAUCACAAUAUCGUGCCACCACCUUCGACACUCGUACAGGGUCCUCAAGGCAAACCUGGCAGACCUGGCAAACCGGGGCCCCCAGGUCCACCUGGCGAGCCAGGUCCACCAGGACCUGUAGGUCCACCCGGUGAAAAGGGUGAACCUGGAAAACCUGGCCCGUCCGGUCCUGGGGGUAAUGGUGCCAUCAGCACUGCCACUUACACCACUGUCCCUAGGGUGGCCUUUUAUGCUGGCCUGAAGAAUCCCCAUGAAGGCUACGAAAUCCUCAAGUUCGAUGAUGUGGUCACUAACCUGGGCAACAACUAUGAUGCCACCACAGGCAAGUUUACCUGUAACAUCCCUGGCACAUAUUUCUUCAUCUACCACGUCCUGAUGAGAGGAGGGGAUGGCACAAGUAUGUGGGCAGACCUGUGCAAAAAUGGACAGGUGCGAGCAAGUGCUAUUGCUCAGGAUGCAGACCAGAACUAUGACUACGCAAGUAACAGUGUCAUUCUCCACCUCGAUGCAGGAGAUGAGGUCUUCAUUAAACUUGAUGGAGGCAAAGCCCAUGGUGGUAACAACAACAAGUAUAGCACAUUCUCUGGAUUUAUCAUCUAUGCAGACUGAGACAGAACAUGCAGUGAGGAAACAAAAGAAAGCAAAACAGACUCCUGUGUUUCUUCAGCUGAUGGUGGCUUAGAGUUUCUAUUUUGUUGGUGACUUAAAAAAAAAUAAAACUUUUAAUAGAAAUAUACAUCUGCCAACAGUACAGUCUAAAACACAAGAGCAUGAACAAGUACUUCUACUCUUGGUUUGGUCUCUUGUUAUCUAGGCCGAACAUCAUAAACGUAAGAGGCCUGCACAGAAAAACCCUUGUGCAGUCAAAGUGGUGAACCAGCCUGUUGUGUAACAUAUCAGUACCCACAGUUUUUGCCAACUAGAUGGAACCAGGACUUUUAAACAGAGAGACAAUUAAAUUAAUCAAGUCCUUUUACUUUAUAGUUCAAAGACAACAUUCUCAAUCCAAUCUCUUAUUGCUGCAGUGUCAUUACUUGAACCUUGUCUUUUCAAUCGAAAGAAAGUUCAACUGUGCAAAUGAAACGACAUCUUACAGAUAAUGGUUUAACAUUACUCACUUCUGUGUUCUGAGACUGAUUUUUCUUCUUUACUAAAAUACAACCUAAAAUGUCCUUCAUACAGUCUGAGAUUUAAUAACCCAACCUGUGCCCCACCCUGACCAAGUAGGACAUAUGGUCAUGUUAUUUUUAUCUUGCAUAUGAUUCAGAAACUGAACUUGCAUCCUGAAAUGAUUCCUAUUAAAGUGAAUGCUUAAUAACAGAA